AUAAAGAUUCAUGCCAUUUAACGUUAUAUGAUAUUCAAGAAAGUACAUUUAAAUUACGACAUUCCUCAACAAUAGAUCGAAAUUCACCGGAAAGUUUUGACCCUCAUCCAAAUUUAACCGAUGGAUUCCCGGCUAGCAUUGCUGUAGGGGGUUGUAGUACUCCCAUGACUGAGAAAAAUAGUAUGCUUAGUGCUUCUGCCACAUCCUCAAACAAGACAGAUGAAGAAUUUGAUACGCCAGUUCUAUGGAAAUCUAGAAAAC